CCUUCAUUCUCCUCAUCCUUCUCAUCUUUCAUCCGUUACAUCCCUACAUCCUCAUCAUGUCUUCUGGAACUUGUUUCCUCACUGACUGCACUGACUUUUAUACUGACUUUGCAACAUGUACCAAUGCCCAUGGUAACUCCUCGAGUCCAGCCACACUGGCCUGUAUUUGCGCUGCGGAUGUCAUUGAGCACUACAAAACCUGUUAUCCAUGCAUCAUUACUAUCCCUGGUCAAGAGGGUGCGUUGACCCCUACCACCUACGUCGCCUCCUGCAACAGUAAUCAGAACGUCAAUCCAUACAAUCCCACCUUUACAUCCACUCGAAGUAGCCCACGGUCCACUACUAGCCCCAGUGGAAGUAGAAAUGGUAGAGAUGGAGAUGAGAGCAAUAGUGAAGGAGGUAGCAAAACUGGCCUGUACAUCGGUAUUGGAUGUGGUGUAGCUGCCCUUGUUCUGGGCGUGGCCUUGUUCUUUGUCUUCCGAAGCAGAAGAAAGAACAAAAAUGACAAGCUCACAGCAGCUACAGCAGCAGCUGGUGCUGGUGCUGGCCCUCCUGGAGGAGCAACGCAUGUAUAUCAAGGCCAACCACCUCCUCCAGCCUUACAGCAAGUUCAGCAGAAUCAAUUUGCUCAGAGUCCUCCCAUGCAACAAGUCCAGCAGUUCCAGCCACAACCUCAAUUCCAACAGCAGCCUGCAUAUACUCAACAGCAGUUCCAACCUCAGCAACAACAGUUCCAACCUCAGCAACAGCUUCAGCCCCCACAGCAACAGCAAUUUGUCUCGCAGCAAUCCCCAGCGUCUGGAUAUUAUAUUCAACAGCAACCUGGCGUGUAUGCAGAUCCCAACCAGCCAAAUCAACAAGCAUUUUACCCAACAGUCGUCCCCCCUCCUGCACCUGCUCAUCCUACACCUUCUCCCAAGUUCCAAACUGUAGAUCCUUACUAUGACCAGCAACAGCAGCAUCAUCAACAACAGCAACAGUAUCAAUCUGCUAGCAUUCCUACCACGUCUAAUGCUUACACUGCAAGUUCUCCUGCAACCACUACACUCACUGCCGGAAAUUCUGCCACUGUCUACGAGCCUUCGCCUCAUGCUACCGUGGCCUCUGUGGCGACUCCUGGAGCAGUCAAACCCACAGCCUCACAGCAUGGACCUCAGUACUAUGCUCAAGACUAUGGAAAGAUCACACAAUCGGUCCCAGGAAACCCACAAUAUGUUUCCAAUGACGGCACAUAUCAUCAGUAA